AAACCAAAAAUUGCGCCCUCUAUCUCCCAUUUCCGUAGUUUAGUCUUUUGGCACUGGGUGAGGGGGCGCCUCCGUCGACAGCUGGUGCAUCCUCUGUGUGAGAGUUGUCGGUUUGUGCAGCAGAGUAGAGAGGCCAGGGGCCAGUGGACAAAUCAGCCAUAUUUGUUGUUGUCUUUGAUGGGGGAGGUCGCUCGCCCCCAGCUCAGCUGCUGUUGUUGUUGUUGUUGUGUUCAGUGGCAGUGAUGUUUUAGUUGUUUGUUGUGGACGCAGUCUUGUGCUUCGAGCUGGCGGCGGCCGGUGGUGGCGGCGGCGGCGGCGGAGGUGGCGGCGGCGAUGUCGCGGCCGCGAUGCUCGAGUGGGAGGAAGGGGACAGGUUCAGUUUUGAGGAUUCGGACAGGUUUGAGGAGGACUCCCUGUGCAGCUGGAGCUCCGAACCGGAGAGUCUUUGCAACAACUGGCGGGGGUGGAAGAAGCCCUCCACGGGGGCGGGCACCUUCUGGGGCAGUGCCAGGCGGAGCAAUGACGAAAGUCAGCCUGUUCCUUCGCUAACCGAACUGGCAGCAAAAUGCGUCGCAUCUCACAUUCCCUUCGAGCUUGUCGAGCACGUUUAUCCUCCCGUUCCCGAACAACUCCAGCUCCGGAUAGCAUUUUGGAGUUUUCCCGACAAUGAAGAGGACAUCCGUUUGUAUUCGUGUUUGGCGAACGGAGCAGCCGAUGAAUUCACACGAGGUGAACACCUCGUCAGGAACAAUAUGGUCAAAGACCCACUACAAAUUGGUUUCCACCUCUCCGCCAGCGUGCAGCAAAACUACCGCGGCACCCAAUACGUGUCCGUCGCCGUAACCUUCGACCGUCGUCGCAUCUCCUCGUGCAACUGCACUUGCGACUCGACCGCCUAUUGGUGCUCCCACAUCGUCGCCGUCUGCCUCACACGCAUCCACUCCCCGCACUUGGUCACCCUCCGCGCCCCCGUCUCCGAGUCGCUGUCGCGCCUCCACCGCGAGCAACUCCAAAAAUUCGCCCAAUACCUCAUCAGCGAACUCCCCCAGCAGAUCCUCCCCACCGCCCAGCGCCUCCUCGACGAACUCCUCGGCUCGCAGCCCUCCGCCAUCAACUCCGUCUGCGGCGCCCCGGACCCCACAGCCGGCGCCAGCGCCAACGACCAAACCUCCUGGUACCUCGACGAAAAGGCCCUCCAUGACAACAUCAAAAAAAUCCUAAUCAAGUUCUGCGUCCCGGCACCGAUGGUCUUCAGCGAUGUUAAUUACCUGAGUACGGUCGCGCCCCCAGCUGCCGCCGAGUGGACGUCCCUCCUGCGGCCGUUGCGCGGCCGCGAACCGGAAGGCAUGUGGAAUUUGCUAAGUAUCGUCCGGGAGAUGUUUAAACGCAACGACCGCAAUGCGGUCCCACUGUUGGAAAUCAUCACCGAGGAGUGCAUGGCGUGUGAGCAAAUCUUGAUCUGGUGGUUCAACACCAAAGUAGCGCUCCUCUCGGGCAAUUCGGGCUAUGGGGGCGGCGGGGGCGGCAAACACAACAAUGUCAACAGCAACACGCAUGCCUCCCAGCACGCGUGCUCGUCCCUCUGCGACGAAGUCGUCGUACUUUGGCGCCUGGCGGCGCUAAACCCUGGCCUAGCCCCGCAUGAACGCGACAUGCUCCACUCGCAAUUCACCACCUGGCACAUGAAAAUCCUGGAGAAGGUGUCCAAGUGUCGCACCUCCAGCCAAACCAACUCCAAUAAGAGUAGCACCCUUAAAACCGACCUGGAGGUGUUCACCGGCUUCAAGCCGGCCAUUGAAGCGUGUUACCUGGACUGGGACGACUACCCCAUGCCUGGCAUCACCUACACCCAGGACAUCAACCCCAUGUACCACUGUCCGUUCACUUGCUUCCGCCAUGGCUCGGAGAACCGGGACGCCAUCACCCAGGUCAACUCCAGCAAGGCGUUGCUCAACUGCCACCACCACCACCACCACUACCACCACCACCACUCCCGGGUCACCCGCUUCGACUUCGUCUCGGUGAUGAGUCUCAACCCGGCCGAGUACCCACCUGGACGGCCACGUGACGGCAACCGCUCAAGCGUCAGCAGCGAGGGCUUCUGCGAGAACGACGACGAAGGCGCCGGCAGCGACUCCAGCGAAACGGCCAACAAGCCCCAAUACUCCCGGCGGCCGAGCAAAGACGAGUCCAGCGUUUCCAGCAACUCGGACACACCAAGUGACGAAUACAACGUCUAUUUCUACAACCCGAAGGACAUGGAGGGUUGCACCUCCAAGGAGGGCGAUAAGGACGGCGACAAGACCGUCUUCACCAACGUGCGCAAGUGCGACGACCCCUGGGACGUGCUCUUCGCCCGUGCUGAAGGCCUCCACGCCCACGGCCACAGCAAGGAAGCCUGCAUCCUGGGGGUGAAGCUGGCGGAGGAGCUGUUGGCGAACCCGCCGGACCUGAUGAUUGAAAUACCACCGAUCCCGAAACGCAAAGGGAAGAAGCAGCAAGUCAACCCGGCCUCGCACCAAUUGAGCUGUUUGGCGUCUGGGACUUUGGCCAAAUGCGCGUUUCUUUGCGCCGUCCUGGCCGAGAAUACGGAACACUACCACCUGGCGUUCCGCGUGGGGAUGUUCGGGCUGGAGAUGGCGCGACCGCCGGCGUCCACCAAACCCCUGGAGGUGAAGUUGGCCAACCAGGAGUCCGACCUGGUAAACCUCCUGAAGAGGAUUCCGCUUAACCACAAGGAGUUGCAAGUGUUACGCGAACGCGCCGAGCAUUUGAAAGAGGGGACGAUCAAGUCGCGUGGCGAAGCAAUGCUGCCAACUAUGUUGGCGAGCUUUAUUUUCGAUGCGUUGGUGAUUCCCGGAGUUGUGGGCAGGGACAGGACCAAGAUAGCGUCCUUGAGAUUGCCCACGGACGAGCCGCUGGGGUUCGAGGCGGCUGUGGCGGCCUUGGGCAUGAAGGCGAAUGUGUCGGAGGCGGAUCAUCCGCUGCUGUGUGAGGGGACAAGGAGGCAGAAGGGGGAUUUGGCGAUCACGUUACUGACGUUUUAUAAGGAUGAUUGUUGGAAGGUGGCGAGGAUUAUGGAUCGGUUGUUGGAUCGGGAGAUACAUCAGUUGUUGAAGUCGCCGUUGUUGAGUUCGUAUUAUUCGUCCAAUCCGCCGGUGAAGAGUCAGUACAGGAGGGAGGAGUGUGAGAAGGUGAUGACGACGACGUUGAGUACGUUUGUGCCGCCGACUGAGAUGGUGCCGAGUGAUAUAAAUUGUUGCAGCCGACCCCACAGCUCAACCAGUGCCGAAGUCGAGCAAGGUCUCGCCAACUUAAAUCUAGCAACCGGUACCACCGUACCAACCCAAAGCACUAGCACGGUUCAAAUAACCCGAACAAAAGAAUCACGUUAUAAGGGCAAACGUGCCUACCCUUCAAUUCCCAACCAACCAUCGGAAGCCGGCGCUCAUUUCAUGUUCGAAUUGGCUAAAAUCGUCCUAAAUAAGGCUGGAGGUUCAAGUAGUACCUCCCUCUUCACCCAACCUUCCACCAGCCAAAACCACCACGGUCCGCAUCGAGCCCUCCACAUGUGCGCAUUCCAAAUAGGGUUAUAUGCGCUUGGACUUCACAACUGUGUAAGUCCAAAUUGGUUAAGUCGCACGUAUUCGUCACACGUGUCGUGGAUAACCGGCCAAGCGAUGGAAAUCGGGGCGGCUGCGAUUUCCUUCUUGAUUGACACGUGGGAGGGGCAUCUGACUCCACCCGAAGCCGCAAGUAUCGCCGAUAGGGCGUCACGUGGGUGUGACCCUAACAUGGUAAGGGCGGCGGCAGAGUUAGCCCUUUCGUGUCUACCACACGCCCACGCCCUUAACCCCAAUGAGAUUCAAAGGGCGAUCCUCCAAUGCAAGGAACAAAGCGACGACAUGCUCGAACACGCCUGCUUGACUGUGGAAACCGCAGCCAAAGGGGGCGGAGUUUACCCCGAAGUCUUGUUCCAAGUGGCUAAGUACUGGUACGAACUGUACAUUCACCACACACCAGGCGGGGAACAAAUGAUGGAGAACGAACCAAUCAUGGACGCGCACGGCCCACUCGUCACACUCAUCGAGCCGGAGAUCCCGCCCACUAGCCCGGUCGUCGUGACAACGGCUCCGCCUCCGCCCUACCCCAUUACGAUACCGUACGCUGUGGGCCAUUACAAUUUCCUUCAUUAUGGGGGCCCUAUACACCCCCCAGUGCCCCUCCACCAGCCCCCGCCCAUGCCCAUGUACCAGUUCCAGUACCCGCCUCCGCCAAAUCAAGCCCCGCCCCAGUAUCCCGUCAAUCAGAUGCAACCGAUUCGGUAUUAUGGGAGUGUCCGACCGGUUUAUGCCCCGCCUCCGGGGAUGGUGCCACAGCAAGCCCCGCCUCCGAGACCGCCCAGACAGCCGCAACAGUUCAAUCAGACGCAGUUGAGGUAUUUGUUGACGGCCUAUAGGGUGGGCAUGUUGGCUAUGGAGACGUUGGCAAGGCGGGUGCAUGACGACCGCCCCCAGGCGAAGUAUGCGAGGAAUCCGCCCUAUGGAGAGGAUGUCAAGUGGUUGUUGAGGAUUUCCAAACAUUUAGGUACUCAGUACUUGCACCACUUUUGCGUUUGUGCUGUAAACUCGAUUGUGAGUCCGUUUGUGCUUCAUGAUGUUGCAAUUGAAGCGGCUCAUUAUUUGUCGAGGAAUAAUCCGACUAUGGUUAUGCAACAUUUAAGGACGGCUUUGACGCCUUUAGUACAGAAAUGUCAACAGAUGUAUAUACAGUGUAUGCAUCAAAAGUUGUAUCAUUUGACGUCGGCCGAUUAUGAGGAUUUUGUUAGUAUUGUGUGUGCUGCAAGGGCGGCGUUUCAAAUUACGCCCGAUGGGAGUGCACAAUUCAAGGAGUGGCUACAGUCGAUCAGAAGAUCGAAAUCGUGCAAAAAGGACCUCUGGACACAGAUAAACACCGCCCUUCAGGCCAACAGCAAAUGACAAAGGACCGAUUUAGGUCCCCAAAGUAGUAGUAGUUAUGUACGCGUCCAAGAAAUAGACGAAGCGACGACAACGCCGCACUUGUGCACUUAUCCCAUCGUCAGCACAGGGCUUCCAUCCGAUCUAAGUAGGCUGUUUCAUCAUCCGACGGUUUGUACGUUAGACAUUACACAACAACAACAACAACAACACGUCAACGAACAACAACAAUUUGACAUUUGGUCGGACAUUAGUUGAUCAUCAUCACGUGAUCGAUUUUUUUAAGUGAAUAUAAGCAAUUUUUCAGUGUUCUGUCACUAUUCUGAAGUGCUCAGGUUUCUUACCAUCUUUGCCUUCAUCAAAACUCUCUAGAUAAAACAAAGUAAUUACGUAAUUUUAUAAUCUAGGCAAUUGUUUUCGAAAAUCAUUCAGUUAUUAAGUUAGUGUUUUAAUUUUUUCCCUUUUAGUUUAAGUUUUUUUUUAUUAAUCAAUCAUUCAAUAACACUAGUAGAUAGUCAAGUGUUUUUUUUUUACAUAUAUUAUACAGGGUCGUCCAGCUCUGCUUCCGUCUUCUGUAGCUCAGUUAUUGGUAAAGUUAAGCUAAUAACUGAGCUACAGAAAAGGGGAGCUGGGCUGAACCACCUGUAUAUGAAAAAAAUUGUGUUCAAUUUCGAGUUGUACAGUUGGUGAGACGUCAAGUUGCGCAUAAAAUAUGUUAUCCAACUCAGGCAAAAUGUAUCAUAGUGACUAAAACGAGUAUUUUUGCAAAACUCUGAUCGGUUUUCACGAAUUGUUCAAUUGUUUUUGUGUAUAUUAUGAUCUCAAAGCACGAAUUCGUGCACAGUUCCUUCACAACGAACGCUUCAUUCAGUUGGGAAAAAACUGUGCCUUUGAAAUUAAACAGUCGAAAUAAUAAUCAAAAUUUCAGUCACGAACUGUGCACGAAUCUGUCAAAUUUCGUCUAGUUAUUUGAUUUUUUCGUAGUGGUAGGUACGUGUCAAAUUUAUUGAAAUAUGAUAAUCGUGGAAAAAAUCUUGUAUAAACCUCAGUAGCAUCAAUGUAACGUCAUAUUUCUUUAAUUGAAUUUCACAAGAGAGAAAUAAGGGCUGAUUUAAACUAUUGUAUAGCAAACAAUGCCGAUUGAUGUAAAAAAAAUUGUGUUAUUUUAACCGUCUCUCAGCUACUAACACUUUUCGUUCCCCCUCCACAUAUCAGUGUUAUCAGUGCCUGGAUCAAGAGCUUAUGUACAUAAUCAUCUCAUCACAGGCGGCGCAGCUCUUAUUUUCAUCACCGGCACUCGAAGAAAAAAUUUGUAUAUAACUCAAUGGUUGUCAAAAAAUUUUUUUUUGAUUUUUGUUGGUGCACAAAUAGCGACUUCGAUAUAAUAUGAUGAUGUAACCGCAUUAGUCUAAGUGUGACAGAAAUUAUAUUGAGUGUAAUUUAAAUAUUUUUACACAACUAUUUAUGUAUAAAAACAAAUGGUACACGUAGCUUAUAUAAUCCGUGUCUUGGAAUUAUUUUCAAUGUACAGUUGUAAUGGCCGACUCGCUGUCAUUUUCUUUGUGCAAGUGAGUUAAUAAAAUUUUAAAUUUG